CCUGCACUGUUCUUUCACAUUUCCACCAACUGCUAUCUAUUAUCAUCUCUUUUUCUUCUCUAUCUCCUCCUGUCCAGUCCCUUCUUACUUUUCUCUUUUCUUAUCUCUCCUUUCCUCUUAAUGUUUUUUUUUUCUUUCUUUUUUCCUCUGCUGCAUGCCUGUCUGUUUCCCGCAUCUCGGUCCCAGAUAAUAAUUAAAGAAUAAAAUCAUCAGAGGAACAGACAUAAAAAUGAAGAUGUCCGAAUAUAUCAGCACAUAAGCUUAUAUGAUAGUACUAUUAAUUUGUCAGGAUAGAUGAAGUAAGCCUUAUAUAAUGAUCUUUUCUGCGUGGACCGCGUGGAGAAAUUAGUGUCAUAAGUCAGCGGAGAAGCGUUAGAGAACCCCUCACGUACUGUGACAACCGGUUAGCACAGCUUGCUACAAAACACAACCUUACUAACACCACCGUGGGAGACAAGACCAUUUAACAAUAUAUACACUGCACCAAGCCUGGAAUUAGCAGGUUAUCAUUGUAAUUAGUGGUUGUAAAUAUAGCAGUGUGUGUGUGUGUGUGUGUGUGUGUGCAUGCGUGCAGUAUGACAGUCUGGGUUAGUAGCAGCAGGACCAUGUGGUGGUCUCGCCGCGCUGCCAGUGGUGCCGCGGAGCUCGUCUAGUGAGUGUGUGUAUUUAUUUAGCUUCCCCUUGUGCCAAUCCCUCCACCACUCACUCGACGCGUCACCAGCAGGAUAAUACUCAACGCUCAAGAGACACCUGGAAGUAAAGAGUGGCAGUGCUUAAUUCACAGCUCGGAAGCUUUGAACACUUGAGAAAUUUCAGGUUGAUUACGUUGUUAGAGUUGAUUGCAUACUUGAUGGGAACGACAGGUGUAAUUAGCAGGUGCAACGUUAUGAAUUUGUAGUAAAAACAGUGCUACAGGACCCGACAAGGGAAGAAGGGAACAUAUAUUAAUUAAAACGAAGAUUUUUACUACGAGAAGGGAAAGUGAGGGAGAAAGAGAAGAAUUUGGUAGUGUGGAAUGAAGCGGUGGUGUUGUGAGUUAGCGGAGAUGAGUAACACGUGAAAUACCAUGUAAGAUGUGCCUUCAUGAGGAUAUUGGGCGAGACUGCAAUGGUGCUGGCUGGUCGGCCCGUCAUGGUGGUGAUGGUGGUGGUGAUGGUGAUGACGGUGGUGGUGGGGGUGGAGGGACACAUACCAGUCACUGAGGAAGAGGAGACCAUUGAACCGACGCCGGUGGUGGUGCUGGCGGGCGGGGAGCAGACCAGCCACAUCCUCUGGCCACUGGAGGGCUCGGAGGGCAGCGGCGGUGGAGGCAGCAGCGGUGGCGUGGACAGGUUUGGGAGGUUCAAGAGAGAGUACAGCCUUGAGGACUUCUUGAUCUGGCUGCCUUCAGGGGAUGGACCGACUGAGGAGCGACAGCACCGCGCCAGGGACACCUCUUGGAUGGACCGAGCGCAGGUUAUCACCACCACUGUCUUCCUCACCACCACACUCUUCACCACCGUGCCCCAGCUGCCCGCCGCCACCACCACCAAGCCGCCAACCCUCUCCACUGCUGCCAUCACCCCAGACGACCCGCCACGACCAGCCUCCGGGACCAAACGAGGCACCAAGGGCUUCACUCAAUUCAGCAACACCGCUUCUAGUCAUCUUUGGAAUACGACUAAUUACUACGACCUCCUGGACUCCAUACAGAACGACCAGGCGACCUCAGGCGAGAGACGAACCCAAACACACCACGUGACAGUGACCAGAACAACUACUACCUCACCACCGCCACUGCUGGCCUCCCUCCCUGCCACACAGCCUCCCUGCUUCACCACCACGACCACUACCACCAUCCUCACCACCACCAAAGUCGCCCCGCCACCCCAGCUCUCCAUAACGACCACGAGUAGUAGUUUAUACGACCUUACUGAUUUGGUGAGGUCGUCUAUUGAAUAUCCAGGACCUUCUGCUACGUUUACGAGUCACACUCCCACGCCAUGUCUCGCUACGACCAGCACGACCCCUCCAGCCCCCUCCACGACUCUCACUCACGCCCCUUCCUCCCCUAGUGAAGUGUACGUGACCGCCCUUGGGUUUCCUGAGGGAGAGGCGCCCACCACACCACAGAUGCCAGAUAAAGAGGAGGAUGACAAGCCCACUCUUACUACCCCUGUCAUCUCUGUCUCCCAACCCUCUACUGGUGCUACCACUGAUGCUGCUACUGAGACUACCACUGAUGAACCAGACACCACUACUACUACCACUAUCACCACCACGGAUAGCAACACCACUCCUGAUGUUGUUGAUGGACAGGUUUCGGACACCACUACUGCCACUACCUUAACGACCACUGAUGCUACUACUACUACUACUGAUGGCGCGUUCCUUACCACCACUGACGCAGCUGAAAGCACUACUACUACUGACACCACAACGACUACUACUAUUACUGACACUGACACGACCACUACUACUGAUACCACUACUACUACUGAUGCUACUACCACUACUACUACUGAUAUUACUACAAUUACUACUGAUACUACAGCUGCUACAGACACUACCUCUACUACAGACGCUACAACUACUACUACUGAUACUACUACUACUACUGAAACUACAACUGUCACCACUGAUUCUGAUCAUCUGAAGGCUGUUAUCACCACCACAGACACCACCACUACUACUGACACCACAUCUGAUACUUCUACCAUCAGUGACAUCACCACCACUACCACUGAUACUACAACUGACACUUCUACUUUCCUAACACUCCCUGACACUACCACCUCGGUAUCUACUACUACUACUGAUACUACUACUACUACUACUACUACUACUACUACUGAUACUACUACUACUACUGAUGCUACUACUACAUCUGACACCACUACUACUACUGAUACCACUGUUGAUACUACUACUGCCGACAUCACCACUACCACUGAUGUGACUACGAUUUCUACUGUGCAAGACACGUCAUCUGACAUCACCACUACACUCACUACCACUACAACACCAGACACUACCUCUGCUACUUCUACUACUACUGAGACUACUACUGCCACUGACGGCGCUACUACUGCCAUCACUACUGCUAUAUCUGACACCACUACUGACACCACCACUACUGCUGACACCACCACUACUACUGACACUACUGGUAUAACUGACACCACGACUACUACUGAAGUCACCACCACAGUUACUGACGCUACGACCACGGAUACCACCAGUACCACCACUAUUGACUUUACCACCACUACUACUGACGCGACCACCACCACCACUGACACCACCACCACCACUGACACCAUCACCACCACUGACACCACCACCACCACUGACACCACCACUGAGGGCUGUGUGGAUGCUGAGGAGGUGGAUGGUGAACACUCCACUUCGAACUCCACUCGGCGGCCUUGCGUGACCGCCGGUGUGUUGGUGGAGGCGGUGGAUCCCUCCCCCGCUACCACAGGGGAGGGGCAUCAGGGGGAAGACACCACCACUCAGACCACCACUGACACCACUACCACUGACGCCACCACCACUGACCCCACCACCACCACCACCAGUGACGAGGCUGGUACAGAACAUCUGGCCGUGGACUCAGUGCUCACCACCACCACCGCUUACCUCUUCCCCGCCGAGGGCUUCGAAGGUGACGGCGCCGCCCACACCCCGUCCACCUCCUCCCCAGCCAGCACCGCGGUGGAAGACGUGCUGUACACCGCCACCCCAGAGGGCAUCACCACCACGGAGGCUCCCGAGACUCCCCAAGAGGUUUCCCCUGGUGAGUCCCCCUGCCGUGCCUGUGCCGGGAGACGCACCACCCCGCCGCCCACCACGCCCCGGGAUGAAGUGGAAGAGUCUUCCCGCCCACCCUGCCGAUGUUCCUCCCGACGCCCCUCCACUGAAGAGUCCUUUGAUAAUACCACAACCACCACACUCACCACCGUGCCGCUCAACACUACCACGAUCACCCUGGUGUCCCUGGCCCAUCCCCCAAACACCACGCCCCUGCCCGAGCUGCUUACCACGAAAGAGACCAUCGUGCCCUGCACCACCACACAGGACACCGCCCACACCUCCACCCCAACCAAGGAGUCCCAGGCAGAGCAGCCCAGCGCACCCAGCCCCAGCAACAACGCCUCGGUGCCCCUGGACCAGCGCUACUGGGUGAGGACGGUGCUGGAGGGGCCGCCGCAGCAGGACGAUCCGCAGCUGUACUGGAGUAGCAUGGAGACAGCCCUCACCACAGUUUUCCAGCUGGCGUACCAGCGCACCGAGGCGCGCCGACGGGGACAGCUGGACCUCAAAGCCAUCUUCACCCCCGCCUCCACUCCCACUCCGACCCCCACCGUCAACCCUUACGAGAACUACACCACCAUCAUUGCCAGAGUCCCCCGCAGCGACCUGCCCCCAACAUCCCCCACCGCUCCCCUACGCCCUAACCACCAGGCCUUACUCUCCCCGGCAGGCAAGACACAGACUGCACCACCGCGGCCCGUCACGCUCCGCACCCCGCACCAACGAAGGAAACGACGGGUGGAGCAGAGGACGCGCCUGAGGGGCAGCAACUCAUCUCCCGCAAGCCCCGAGACCUCGCGCCUGCUGGAGCGGCGAGAGGCAGGGUCGUCGGUGGUGGUGAGGCUGCAGAACGUGACGCACGACAAUGCCACUGACACCACGGAGCUGGUGUAUGCGGUGUUCGAGGGCACCGAGCCCGUGCUGGCGAAGGAGGCGGUGAAAGUGGCACAGGAGGUGGAGGACAUGGAAGUGGCGGUGAUGCUGGACCAGGUGGUGGUGGUAAAGGCUGAAGAAUACCUCGGUGUACGGGGCGUGGUGGGGGGCGUGAUGCUCCUGGUCUUCAUCACCUGGUUGGCCGUCCACCUGUAUAAGAGGCCCGCCCCCUCCUCCUCCUCGCCCCGACACCUGCAUCCUGACUCUGAGAGAGGGUCGCCACGCAGUCUGGCCAGCGGCACGGGCUAUCCUGGACACCUCAACCUGGGCUACUCCAGCAGCAGGGACGAGAAGUUGGAAGCCGCCACCCUGUCUCCAAGUGGACGGAACCUUCAUGGCGAGAGUGCCAGGCCUCUCACCUCCACCUCCCCGCGCGGCCAGGUCCCCCGCACCAGGCAGGGGUCGUUGUUGGGGUCAAUUGGAAGCCACACGCAGAUCCCACGACCACAACUCUACGACAGCAGCAGGAAGGAGAGAGGCUACGACACCACGGAGGAGGACGAAGAGGAGGAGGAGGAAGAGGAAGAGGAAGAGGGUGAAGAGGACAUGGAGGUGCCUGACGGAGUUAAGGGCGCCACUAUCCAGAGGAGCAAGAGGAGGCUGCUGGGGGCUGAAGGGUCUAUGGAGGAGCCCUUGUACAGCUCCCCCAAGCCCACCCACGUGCAGUACCCCCACCCCGGCACCCACUCCACCACCCUCUCCACGUCACAGUCCACGCCUCUGCACUCCGAGCCGCAACAUCACCUGGUGGCCAACAUGCUGCAGAGCGCCUCUGACUUCGCCUCCAGCAGUACCCGGGGCUUCUCCGUGCUGCCGCCUCCGCUACUUCCACCCCCGCAAGGCUUCGACAAAGACUCCGAGGUGGGCUUCAUCCCCGGCACCUCCCUCCCGAAAUUCCUCCCGCCGCCCCGAGUGCCGAUCAUGUCCCCGGACCGAAACGCCUCCUCUCGCCUCAAUGCCUAUGAUUUUGAUCCCGAGGCGCCGCCCAUCCCGCCCAGGAACUACACGCGGGAAGAGGCAGGUCUACCACCCCUCACUUAUUCCUCGGCAUCCCCCCCACCCCGCCCAGAGACAAGGGAUGCCCAGGUGGAGGCGCGUGUUGGGGAGGAGGGGGAGAGGACGACGCCACAAAAUGUACAGGAAAGCCUCCACCGCCGCCCCUCCGCCGCCUCCUCCCACCUCUCGGACUCCGCGGGGUCAGAGGUCAGCUUCCCCAACGUGGGUCGCUUACGCCGCCGCUUCCAUGACCUGCUGGACGACGCCUUCUCUCUGCUCAACGGCCAGCGCCCCGGGGACAAGGUGACACCCCUCACCACGCCCUCGCCGCCUCGCAGAGGACGCGCGAGAUCGGCAGCGUUGUAUUUCAGAGGAAGGUCGCGCGAGGUGAUGGACGAAGAGGGAGGGGAAGAGGAGGCAGGAGGUCGCCCUUGGUCUGCCGCCGGCAUCGCCCACACUCACUGGACGGACAGUCAGGUGGUGGGAGUGGUGCCCCUGGACGACGGCAAGUCCCCGAGGUCAGCAUGGGGUGACGGGCGGUCUGGGGCGGGCAGGGGGAGGCCGGGCAGUAGCGGCAGGCCAGGCAGCGGGAGGAGUGCGAGAAGCAUCACGCCCGUCAACUUCCCGCCCCCGAGUCCCGACGCCCUGCUACCUCCUGCCGCCCUCGCCUUCCCCGGGUCAGCGAGGAGCGCGGACGAGACACCCCUAGACCCUGAGACGGGGCUUCGAAGCAGUGACCCAGCAGUGCCUCUCAUCCGCGCCAUCAAGGAGGAGCUGCGGCGCUUCAAGUCAUCCAUCAGCACGGAGUCAUCCAGCGCUUAACUCUUUCACUGCCAGGCAUUUUUAUUUCCGUGAUUAUCUGUCAAUUUAUAAACAUUUAUUUUUGUACUCGUCUCUGCAAUAGUUUUUAUUUUUUUUAUUUUUUUAGCCUUGAGGAAACAGAAUUAACGUAGUAUUCUUUCGUUUUUUUAUUAUCUGUCAAUUAAAAGAACAUUAUUUACGUAUUUGUCUCUUAAAUCUUUCUUACACUGAAGAAAGAGAAACAAAUUCUUUUUCUCUUUACUUCUAAAUGUUAACGAGUGACCUAAGCAGUGAUAGGGUUAAGAGUCACUUCCCAUCCAUUCAAGCCUUCAGGAACACCGCCACCACCCUCGUCGCCCCUUCAGGAUCUCCAGCAGGCACAGAGGGUUCUUCGUGGACGCGGCCCCGUAGAACAGCCUUGUCUGCGCCAUUCCCAGUACAACUACACUGGCACCGGGGAACGCCGCCCCGUCUGCACCUUCUGCCUCGCCUCCCUCAAGAAACAGCAGAAAGCCAC